UCGCAGUUCAUGUAAAAUUUGCUUGAUAAAUUUUUCGUUUCGGUGACAAUAUGUGAUUGUGUUUGUUCUAAUAUCAGCGUAAACGCAUUGAAAACUCUGUCUCAAUGAAUGUGUUAUGCGAUAAGUUCCUUAUUAAACUAAUGACAUUUUAUGAACUCGAUGUGCUUUUGGCCAUUUUACUUGGCUUGCGUUGGUGAUUCGUAUAUAGUCACGUGACCAAGUGGAUUUUGGAUCAAUGGCGCCAAAUGUCUAUUGCAGAAAAUGUUGCACCAGUUACUAUUAUGUGGAUACAAUCUAAAGUAUCAUCAUGUAGUAGAAGAUGUGACAUUUUACACAAUGUUACUACCACGUUCUAAGUGUAAAGCUUUAAGAGUAUCGUGAACAUGUAGGUUAAGAUAAAGACUAAUUGAGAUGUCGUUACGAGGCACAAAGAGGGGAAGUGGUGUGCGCAGUGAGGACACGGGCAAGUGUAAACGUCGUAGAACAGAACCCGAAGACGCUCUGUGGCAACUACCACCUGUCAGUGACCUCAAGAUGUCAUCUAUAUACAACAGAAGUGCUUCUGAAGCACCAGCUGAACUAUUCAGAAAAGAUCUCAUCAGCGCUAUGAAAUUACCGGAUUCGGAACCAUUAACACCGAGUGAAUACUGGGUUAUCACCGAUACCUGGAAACAGGAUUGGGAAAGAGGGGUACAAGUGCCCGUCAACCCAGAUUCACUCCCAGCACCGAAGGUCAAAAUCAUCGAAAAUCCUUUGCCUUCAAAUUUUGAAGAAUUCAAACUACCAAAGGACAAAUAUAUCCAUUUGUCCCGGGAUGCACACUACCAGGCAGACAAGCAUCACCUUAGUGCAACACCAGCUCUUGCCGAAGCCGCGUGCAGUUACGACCUCGACGCAACCGACACGGCGUGGCUCAAGUUGCUGAACGCAGAGCGGGCGAGAGCUGGCGCCUCUGCUGUUACCGAAGACCAAUUAGAAAAGGUCAUUGAAGACUUAGAGGUCCGGACGUGGGAUAAAAUUCAAGCCAUCAUGAAGUCAGAAGAAGGUUUGGGCAUCGAGUACGACGAGAACGUAAUCUGCGACGUCUGUCGGUCGCCUGAUUCGGAGGAUGGAAAUGAGAUGGUAUUCUGCGACUCAUGUAACAUUUGUGUUCACCAGGCGUGUUAUGGCAUUACUGUCAUCCCAGAUGGUACGUAUGGUCAUGGUCAAUGGCUGUGCAGACCGUGCGGAGCGGGCGUAAGGCCUACUUGCGCCUUAUGCCCGAAUCUUGGCGGCGCCAUGAAGUGCACUCCAAAUGGUCAUAAGUGGGCCCACGUAAGCUGUGUUCUUUGGAUACCCGAAGUAUCCAUUGGUUGCGCGGAGAAAAUGGAACCUAUUACGAAAAUAUCAUCAAUACCCCCGUCGCGCUGGUCAUUAGUAUGUGUUUUGUGCCGCGAGCGUAAAGGCGCCUGCAUACAAUGCUCAGUCAAAACAUGUAAAACCGCGUAUCAUGUGACGUGCGCAUUCAAACAUGGUUUAGAAAUGCGCGCAAUUAUUGAAGACGAAAAUGCCGAUGAUGGUGUUAAAUUACGAUCCUAUUGUCAAAAGCAUAGCGUCAAUUCCAAGAAAGAAAAGUGUCCUGGGUCUGGUUCAGAGGAAGAGGAGGUAAAAAGGAAACGCCGUAAAGACAUGACGUCAGAAGAAAAAACUCAGGCAAGAGCAGCACGUCUCCAAGAAAUAGAAAGAGAAUUUGACCGUCACGUCAGUGUUAAAGAUAUAAGCUCUCAUCUGCUUGAUGUGGAUCAAGAUGCUAUUAAUUACAUUUACAACUACUGGAAACUUAAAAGACGAGCUGGUCAUAAUCGGCCACUGCUACCACCUAAAUCAGACGAUAGUGAGCUGUUGACUCACAGGCAAGAGCAAGCUGAUCUUGACAAAAUGAAAAUGUUUGUACAACUUAGACAAGAUUUGGAAAGAGUACGUAAUCUUUGUUACAUGGUGAGCAGGAGAGAAAAACUAUCACGAUCGUUCUUUCGAAUGCGGGAGCAAACAUUUCAUAAACAAGUAGCUGUUUUAUCAUCUGAGCCAGGAUUAUCAGGAAUUGAUUUGACUGCUAUUCUUGAAGCUAAUCAUGGACCAACGAUUUACGACAGAUUAUAUUCUCAUCCAAAUGCACCAGACCACAAAAAUGAUUUUGAUGAACUUUUGGCUCGGAUUGCACCUCAAGACUCAAGUGAUGAAAAGAAGAAGGAUCGAAAUGGUCUGGUUAAGGGUCAAAAGUCAUCUAAUCCAUAUAAGAGGCAUUACGUCAAUGGAUCUCGACGGAAUGAAAGUACGUAUAGUGGUUUAUCUAGUGGAGAUAGUUCAGCGGAAAAUAACCGUUCUACAAAAAAUCGUGGACGAGCUAUUGCCUCUAGUACAGAUGAAGAUGUUAAAAAACCUAGUUGCUCCCCUAAGAAAAAGAUUUCACCCAAAGGCAAGGGUAAAAGAUCACCGAAAAAACCGGAAAGAAAGAAGAAGAAAAUACCACAAUCCAAACCAGUGGUUGAAAGUAGCAGUGAAGAUGAAUCUUAUAAAAUGAGCGUGAAAAAAGACAAGUCACGAAGCAAAACUCUACAGCAAAUGGAGAAAGAAAUGGAUGCUGGAAAAAGUGGACUGUCGGGUACUGAUAGUGGUGACUUAAUGCCAAUGAGAUCUACACGAAAUAGUAAAUUUCCCAUCGAUAUUUAUUCUGAAACCAGUGAUGAUACAGAUUCUGAAAAAACUGAUCAUAAAUCAGCUAAACGCGACAAAGGAAAGUCCAUUCGGAGUCGAUCUGAAGGUUCACCUAGCGGUAUUGACUCACAGCUGGGCUUGCCUAGGACAAAAGCAGCUAUGAAAGAGUUUGUCUCCGCACACCCUGAAAAGAAAUCAUUAACAGAAGACAAACCAGCUCCAAAGAAACGAGGUCGAAAACCAUCUAAUAAAGAAAAGAAGCCGCCUACGCCUGUUAAAACUCAUGAGUCAGAUGAUGAAGCUAGAAAUAAAGAAAACAUCAAGCUAUCUAAGCAGAAAGAUCCAUCUGAUUUAAUAGUACCACAAAGACAAGCUGCUAAAAAGGCUUCAGAAAAUAUGCGUUCCACCACUGCCGCAAAAAGAGAUGAAUCAAGUACAGACAAACAAGCCAGUGGCGAUGAAUCACGAUCUAAAUCGAAGUCCAAAACAAAAGGUAAAGAUGGCAAAGAUAAUGCAGCUAAAAGCAGUAGUAAAAAGUCAUCGAAAGAUAUUGAAAAGGAGCCCAUUGCAUAUGUGCCACAAAGACAAGCAGCUAAAAAAGCGGCUGCCCAUAUUAAGAGUGGCCUAGGCAGUAAGUUGCCUGUUAUUGAUCCGUCAGAUUCAGACAAAAGAAGGGAUAACGAUAAAUCUGAUAUAACAAAGUCUUCACCUAAGAAGAAUGAGGCAAAAAGUUCAAAAGCACCUGUAAAUGAUACUUCAAGUUCCUCUUCAAAUACUAGCAGCAGUAGUUACUCUUCAUCCUCAAGCUCAGAAGAAGAACAAGAAAAACCAACUAUGAAACCCUCAGCAAAGGCGCGGGAAAUAAAACCGAUUUCUAGACCACCGUCUAUGUUUUCUCCCCCUGGCUCUAGACCAACAGUGGACUUGCCCUUUCUCGACAAGGUGUCAAGACCAUUGUCUUCAACCAGUGCCUCGAGUGAUUCUGACAGCACUAAAGAAUCCAGAUUUUCUGGCUCUGAAAGCCCAUCUCCGAAAAGACCGCGACGUCCCAGAAGGGGGAAAAGUUUCUCAAACGAUGCUAACCCACGCAAGGCCCCCAACAAGAAGCUUAAAACUUCAGAACGGGGGUCCGAGUGUAGGUUAUCAUCGCCAUCUAUUGAAAGAGAGAAAUCGGUUAGACUCGAUGAUGCGCGUGCCUCCGCACGUUCUCGGACCCGAAGCGUUACUACAAGCGGAAAUAUGUCUAAUAAGUGUGACGCCAGACAGAGAAAACCAUCUAAAGACGCCAUCCCCCUUGCCUCUGGAUCAAAUCAAACUCCCGAAGAGAGCUGCAAGUCCCGUAAACUUUCAGCUACGGAGCGGCAAGAGGACGAGAAGAUAAAGGAUGAAAUAAAACAAGAAACAUAUGUUACCAAUGAGUUGAUGAAAAAUGAUGUUAAAGCUACAGGUAGGGACAUUACUCGGCGUAGCAUUUCGAUAGAAGAAAAACAAAAACUAAUACCAAUUGAUACUGAAAGCUCUAAAAUGACUAAAAGUAGUCCAAGAAAAAGCAUUGAUGCUAAGCAAAAAACCAUAAUCAACAGACGCAUGAGUGUUAAAUCUUAUCCAUUUAAAGAUACUGCCAUCAGACCACAGGGUCCCUGUGAAACUAUUACAAAGCCGAUUAGACGAGCAUCUCAAAAUUAUGCUCACUCUGAUCAUUCUCCAUUCUUAGUGAACAAAAAUGUAGAUGUUGAACUACCAACAUUUAUAGAAAGCAUAGAAAAGAAAAUACCAUCCACUGUAACUGAUGAAUUUGCCAGUAAUGAUAAACAUUGGUUACCAAAAGCUACAAGUCCUCACAUUCAUCCACCGCCUGUAGAAAAACCUGGAGGCCAUGAAAAAUACAUGACGGAAGAUAAAUCAUUUGACUCUGAUUGUACUGACAAGAGUAGUAUUAAAAUGAUUGCUAAGAUCCAAGCCAAUCUCAAUGAAAAUACUAUGAUUAAAUCUCCAAAAACGCCUAUGGAUGCGAGAACCAUAAUGUUAGACCCGAUGGAAGAAAAUUCCUUAUCGAGAAAUCUGCGUAGACGUUCUGGUGUUGAUCCAGAAAAGAAAUUUAUUAUUCAAGAUGUUAGCCAUGUACAAGGAGUGGAAAUUUCAAAAAGUGCUAAAAUACCCUCAACUGCAAAUCCAUUCCAAAAUAGAUCAAUGUUUUCGCCGCAAACUAAAGAUACUGAGCUUUUUGAAUUUGACAUAUUGGAUGAUGAAGGUUUUAACCAUGAAGAUAUUAUGAAGCCAUUUACUACCUACCCGGAGUUUCUUUUUAAGGAAGAUUCCAAGGAACAAGGUGUUCAAGAAACGCUUAACCUUGUUGAUCGUCUUCGAAUGCAGCUUAGUACCAAAAAAGCUGCCCCUGAGAAUGUACCACAGGAGGAAGGCAUGAAUAUUAAUGAAGAUAAAGAAGCUAUAGGUGAAGGAGAAAACAGAACUGCAGUAGACACAGAUAAAGAACAGGAACAAAUGAUUUUAAAACAAACUACGCCUACUGAGCUUCAUGAUUUAAGAUCUCCUAUUAACGAAAUACAACAUCUAAAUCAUAAACAAUGUUCAUCAACAGAUGACGUGGGGUCGCAAGAUGACAUUGUUGAAAUAGUCGAUGAUAAGGACGAAGAAUCGGAACAGUUGGCUAAAGAAAAUUGGACUGAUAUGUCUGUGCCAACAGCUCAAAGUGAUCCACAAAUGGAGCCAGUGGAAAGAACUUAUGAGCAUACUAUGUCUUACACUGAAAAUGUCAAAGAACGAAGUCACGUUCACUCUGAUGUUCAAUCGAUUUCGGAAGUUGCAGAUACUAUCUCACUCUCCAAACAAAGUGAUGAUUCACAAUCACUGUCUGUUGUUGAUCAAUCUGUACAUAGUAACGAUCAGGAAUUAUCACAAGACAAUCAAGUUUAUGAUAACAACAACUCGUUGAUGCAUUCGGAUUGCGCUACAAUAUCCCCACCAUAUGUGACCCAAAAUUCAAAAUGGAGAGAAAGCAAAAUAACAACUAGGCGAUCAUCAGAUUCAAGCACAAAUUCUGAAGGUUCCGUGUGUUCCCGAAAAGCAGAAAUAAAAUCUCAUUUAAAUAGCCGUGAUUCACAUCCUGCUGCCAUGAUGGCUGAUAUCGAUCAGUACGCACCUGUCCCGGCAUAUACUUGUUCAGUUGAACCUUCAAUGCCUCUGAACCAGUACUCUAACUAUGCUCCAGACGCCUCACCAUUUUUAAAUCCAAUGAGCACCCUUCCAUUAUUCUCGGCAGGCGCUUGCGCUUCGUCGCAAUUACCUCUGCCUUCACCAGGUCGAGGCUUAUAUGCUUCUGGGUUAUCUUUUACGGCUGCGCCAUUGAUUCAGCCUUUGACUAAACCCCCAUUUCCUUUAUGUGCAGCAUUUACUACGUCAUCACAAAAUAUCGCAUUGACAACGGCGAUGAUUGCACCACCAACGCCAAAGCCUUUAGAUUCACCUCGCGAUGACAUUGAUGUUACUGGAAGCGAUAAGUUUUCGAUUCAUGUGGCUAGUCCUACAAUUAGCGUCGAUUCUUACAAUGAAGCUAGUAAUACUAGACCACCCACCAAAAUGUCGAACGAUAGUAAUGAGACAAUGUCUAGUCUUCACCCACAAGAAUCGAAGUCACCGCCUAAGACUGCCAAAGUUACAUCCAAAUUCUCAUCCAAGUCACCUGGAAAAAGUCCAGGUAUUUCGCCUAAACAAAGCGACGUUACCAAAGGAUCUAAACGAAACAAUAAUCGAAGUAAUAGAAGUCAAAGAGGUCGAGGUCGGUCAAAAAGCCGCGGCCAGUCUGUGCAUGCUUUUCCUGCCACAGAAUUUGCUGGAAAUUCUAUUCAAAGUAAAUUGGUUGGAACAGUUUACGAUUUUGAUGAAGAGUUGGCUAAUGAUGGUGUUGAUUUAAAAGCCCUUCGGGAGAGACGAAAGUCUAUUGACAUCAGAGAUAAUAGAAAAUCAGAACAUUCAUAUAAAGAUACAUCACAAUCACCGAAAGUUUUAAGUCCUCAACAGAGUAAAACUCCUGCACCAGAAGCUAAAGAGGUAGAACCUACUAUAGAUCUCGUAAAUUCGCCUGGUUCUCCUUCAAGUAAGAGUAAUUCUGAGUCUACUCCCGGAUUCUCCCAAGUCGAGCCAGUUUUACCUGGACCUGUGGAUAUGCGUACGUAUCAACAAGUCGAAGCUCCUGUGCCUCCAAUCAACGAUGGCAUGCACAGUCACCUUUUGGCGUUCGCUAGCGGCACCGCUGAACAGCCAUUGGUAGAAAUAGACGAAGAAGUUGAAAAACAAUUACACAGUGCCUUAAUGGCCAGCAAACCAAGACAAAGUACAUCAACCGAGGUAUCAGCUUCUGAAGUCGUUCAUGAACCAAUAAAAGAGCCACCCCAAUUGCCAAAAGUUUCAUUAAGCGACUCAAGAAAUCAAUUAAAGGUUAAAAUAAAAGGACCUUUCUUAGAUGCCAACUACUCUACAAGUUCGACACAACCAACAGCACCGCAGCCACCGGCGCCUGUUCAUGAUUCCAAUAUUAAUAUUCAUAGUAACACCGCUAGUGGAUCCGCUGCUUCUAUCAUGACCGGGUCUACAAAUUUGCGACGAAUGCGAAAGAAGGAAUUAUUGCGGCAAUAUUGGACACAAGAUAUGAAUAUGGAUGAUCCCGCUAAUGCGUCCAAUACAGGAAUUCCGCCGCCUCCAGCUGCACCACAGCCAAUACCUCGCGCUGUGAUUACUAUCCCUAAAGCAGUUGCAUCGAUGACUAGCAUACCUACAAGAGAAGAUUAUAAAAUAUCUGACACUCCUGUUGAAAAAAAGAAAAGAAAAGUUUCAGGUGUUAAUAGAGAGCUACGACACUUAGAAGUAACUAUGAAUGACGAUGUUGACACAUCAGAUGAUAUGAAAUUGUCAAACUAUACGAGUAAUACUAGCCAGAUGCAUAAGAGACGUGGUCGAGUUGCCAUAAAACAAGGUAAAUCUCGAGCCACAUCCCCGGUUGCACCUAAAUUGAAAAUAAAAAUCGGCUCUAACACUGUGCAGCAAGUAAACGACGAACCUACUGGUUUCCAAUUUCGUCCACCGAAAAAACGACUGACUUGCAGUAUACCUAAACCUAGUUUAGAAGAUUUGCGCCGUGAAAGUAUGAAGUAUCGACGCAUGGUGAUGGCAGACUUUGAGGAAAAUGAAAAAGAGAAAAAAUUGAAGCUGAAUAAGAGUGAGAAACGUAAGAAGAAGAAGGGGAAGAAGUUGGAAAAAGAAAAGCUGCAAGUGAUUAAUAGUGAAAACGAUAGUGCUACAAAACUAAUUAUAAAGAUAAAGCGCAAGAAAGACGAAGAGGAGAAGUCUGGGUCGGACGAGGCCGGCCCAAGUGCAGCCAUAGCGGUGUCGGAGCCUCCGGUGGAUCCCUUUGAAUACGACCCCACAGCGCCGGACCCUCUCGCGAUCGACCCCCCUUGCAGUUCGGUGAGCGGACCGGGGGUGCGUAAUGUGCGUACUGCGAAAGUGACGCCGAUUCGGUUAAAAUUGGCCCGCAGUUCGCAAGGUUCGGGGUACGUGAUGAAGGAGAGCGUCGAGGAGGGCUCGAGCACGGCGCCGGUGUCUCCGGAAGCGUCAGUGGCUAACACCGCUUCGGCCACUCUCUCAGUUCCCCUCAAUAAACACUGUGAAGUGAGAUGAUAUAAAAAAAAACGUACUCGCAAACAAAUUGCAAAUUAAACGUGCGACCAGGCGUCAAUCCCGUGUAUAUAAUGGACUGAAAUGUUCAGUUAUUUUUGUGUAAUAGUUGUAAACAUAACGUAAUUCAUUUUAAUCGUGUAGUUUUCUUCAAUAUUUAUUUAUUUGUAUAAAUGGAAAGCUCAAUGAACUAGCUUAAAGAUAUUGUAAUCUAAGAUAAAUUAUACUACUAAUGUGCAUUAAGCAAUGUACAUGCAAACUAUAUAAUGUGAAUUAAAUAUUAUCUUUUUGUUUAUGUCAAAUAUGUAUAAAUUUUACUUUGUGCCUCAUAUUAACGAAUCUCAUUAUAUUCGAUCACGAUAUUGAUUUAAGUUCUACCUGUUCUAGUGUACUGAAUACAUAAAAUCCCACUUAUAUUUUCAAAUAACAUCUUUAUACAAAACUUUAUGAUUUACAAAGUAUUUGCUGCCUAAAAGGGAUUAUAUAUGAGUUGGAUAUUUUUCAGAGUCGCUUCGAUGUCUUUCUAUUUUUUUUUACAUUAAUCAUACAUUAAUUAUAUUUUUCCAGUGUUCAUAUAUGCAUUAACAUUGUUAUAGUUAUCAUUUAUAACGUUAGUUAGUUUUUAAAACAGAAUAUCAAUUACAAAUCGUUAAUAAUUAACAAUCGGUUAUUCAAAUUUUGCACGGUUAUUUUCAAACGUUUUCCAUUAUCCCUUUAUUUUAUAAUAAAUCCUGGAAGUCGGCUCGAUGCUCGUUUAUACAUUUAUAUUGGUUUUGCACAAAUUUGACACAUGGAUAGCUGUAGUAUUUCGCGGAUACAUGCUUCAAUAAAUUUGUAACAAUAUUAAGACACAAGCUUCUUGAACAAGUCGAUACUAAAUUAUUUCACAGCACCAGAUCAUUUACACCUUCAGCCACAGAAUUGCAAAUUAAAUAAAAAAAUGAUUUCUUUUCAAUGAUGUAUUCAUUCUGUAAAUUAAUACGUUUGUUUAAGAAAGUUUAUUUAAUGAUAUCUUUUUGUUCAUAACUGUGAUAAAUAUUGGUUUGAUUUGUAGAAAAAAAUUAAUUCUUAUUUUUUUGUUUUCAAUCUCUAUAUCAACACGUUUAUCAAAGAACGAUAGUUUAGUUUACGUAAUUACGAUAUCGUUUUUUGUUAAAUACUGUGAUAAAUAUUACUUUUAUAAAAAUAUAUCGACUAAAUAUAUGUUGUAUAUUAUAUCUAUUACUUAUAUUCACAACUUUGUUUACUAAUCUUACUACAAUAUCUUUAGGAUUGAUCCUUAACAGUUUUCUUAUCCGUUUCUAGUAUUAUUUGCCCGUAUAAGUACUAAAGCUGGCCGUUGUAUACUAAAAUAAUUUCUAUACAAGUACAUCUCAUAUUAAUUCCUAAAAUCUUGACUCCGUUUUCACCAAAGACGCUAAAUUUAGGCAAUGAAAUAGGGCAUUAUAUAAAAAUUACUUUAUUCACUUUUUCAAAUUAAAUAAACUUUUUUUUUGCUUUAGUCAAAGUCAACUACCGUGAUUUUUUCAAUUCGUUGAAUUCAUACCAACAAUAUGUAUUUAUAUGAUCUUUUGUAUAAAGCGCGAUACAUUUAAUCAACUUCAUUUAAAAUUGUACAUACGUUAUUUAUAUUAAAACAAUAUAAAUCAGUAGACAAAAUAACGCUUUGUGUAAAAAAAAAAUCAAAUUGGUAUCUGUCAUCCGCCAAAGGCACAUGCAAGUAUUGUGGUGCAAAUGUAUAUAAUAAAUUGUACAUAGGUCUUUUAUUCUUCAUUAGCAUAUCACCGCAACAAAAAAAUAAUUGUUAACGUAAGCGUAACUUGUCAUUGUAUAUAAAUGUAUUAUAGUGGAGUGAAUCAUAAAUUUGAUGAUAGCGAGGAUAUGUUCUAAACGUGUUGUGUGCAAUAUUUGGCAAUACUCAUCAUAUAGUCAAGGUUAGGGAGACCUAGAUGGGAUAUGUUAGUUUAAGCGAUUGUUAAAGAUAGGUUAAUUCGUAAAAUAAUUGUUCUAUUGUGAAUAUAUGCAAAGAACAAACCAACUUGUGACGUGAAAAUACGACAAACAUUUGUCAAGAUUUGUGCAUCCGAAACUCGAUAUGACAAACACUUAACAAUUAUUCAAACCACAAUACAAAUAGUCUACAACAAACUCGGAAAUACCAAGAAUAUUCGAUAUAUAAGAUAUGUAACAUUUAAAAAUGUUCAUUGAUUCGUACAGACAUUUAAAGAUUUGCCACAUUAAUGUAAGAAAGUUUUAAAAUUCCAUAAAUAUAAUCAUAAAUAGAUCAGACUUUAUAUAACUCGUAUCUUGUCAUUAUAUGGCCUAAGUGUAUCUAAGAAGAAUUUUAUUUAAGAGCUUUUUAGAAGUCUUAUUGCUGAUGUAAGUCCGCGCUGUACAUUCUAUCCGAGGAUUUUGAUAUUUUUAUAGUCAUCUAAAUUUGUCUUUAAUUAAUUUUUUAUAUUUAUCUAAAUUUAUCUUCGAGGAAAUAUAUUUUUAAACUAUUUAUUUUUGUCUUACAAUCAUGAGUUUAAAUUAACAUGACGAUCUUCACCUGUUUCUGUAUCUUUGUUUAGAAAUAUAAUCAUUCUGUAUAUCAAUAAUCAAAUCUAUGUACAUAUUAAUGAACUUAUUAUAAGGAACUAAAUGUUAAAAAAAAACUAUUAAUUAAACAGUUAAAUAUACAUUUACAAUAAUGAGUAGAUUAUUAUGAGCUAUUGUUGUAAACUCUAUUUCAAUUAUAAGGCAAUAGCAUAGAUGUAAUCAAAAUCAACUUUUAUCUUAUAUUUAUAAUUAUUGUAUACAGAUUAAAUAAAAUAAGUGACUAUCAACCGUAUUUCGGUUGGAAGAAUAUUUCAAUCCUGGAUUUAAACAUGUUGCAUUUAAAAGUUAUCGUAAUUAUCCUAAUUUUUCUGACUUUGCGCCUAAUCACCCUUUGGUCACAAGCUAACUUAAUGCACAAAAAUGUUAAUUAAAAUAUGAAUCCUAAUCAUUAUUUGCAUUUUGUCUGGUAAGUUUGUAGACCGUGAUACAAUCCCUUUUCCGAUACACUAAUACAGUAUCUUUAAAAAAAUCCUACAGGUUUCCUUAAAAAAAAUUGAAAAUAGCAGUUUUAUGAAAACUUAAUGGUACCAUUAUAAACCCAAGACCUAUUUACAACUUGACCUAUUUCAAGCUUAUAAAUGAACUCGUCACUUUUAACGUGCAUAUUAGAAUCGCGGUGAUAAAGUCAACGACAUUUGUUAAUAGUAUUCAACGUAAGAUUAUUAAGACAUCCUUCACAAUAUUACUAAUUAAAAAAAUUAGUCGUGCCAUUCGGCCCAAUCCUCGGUAGAUAGGGUGCGUGAUUACAUUUUAUUGUAGAUUUAAACAGUCGCAAUAUCAAUUGUUUACACUUUUUAAAACCUUAAAGUUUCAAAUCCAACCAGACAUGUACAUAGCAAAAACAUAAAAAAAAUGAAUGUUUAGUAAUUUUACCGGUCUGAUGUUUUAUUCUCCGUAGGGUCAACUACAGUAGGACCAACUCAAUGUUAGGGAUAGAGUCCAUUACAUCAUUUAAUAUUAUAAGAAAUCCGCACUUAUUAAGGGCAAUGAAUUUCGUUACCAUAAAUAUAAAAAUGGAUUGUAAAUAAACUGACCUUAGAAUUAUGUAAUUUGUAUUCUAUUGUAUAUACAAUAAAUUAUUUUUUAAAAGAUAACAAUUUAUUUUGAUAUUAAUGUUGAGCUUUGCGCUGUCGCUUUUUUUAAUUAAACAUUGUCAAUUGGAAACAUUGAAUAACUUUUAGGUAAUUCAUAUAAUUUCAUUUAAAUCGUCCGGAGCUUCAAAUAUCAUGUGUUUAUUUAUAUACUUUGGCAUUUAUUUUUUGAGAAGAAGCUAAAACACGAUUUCUAUUUACAUAAUUAAUUUUUGUCGUUCAGAUUUCGAGUGAUGUUCCCAGUGUAAAUAAAAAUGGCGAUCCUUUAAUGUUUAGAUUUAAAAUUUCACUUUGAACCAUUUAACAGUAGUUCUUCGGUGUGCAAUGUGUCUAUGUCCCCGAUAAUCAUGAUAUUUAAAUAUAAAUAAUAAACCCCGAAAUAGAGCUUGAUGGUAAACUGUGUGUUUUGAAUAUUUUAUAAAAUAAAUAAUAGAAAAACAUGUAACCAUUUUCAAAUAAGUAGAUUUAGAUGAUGCAUGUCAUAAUUCUGUUAAAGUCAAUAUUUAGUAAUAUAUGUACUUUGUAAAUAAUCUCUUCUUUAAACGGAUGUCACUCGGAAUCAAGCUGUAGGCCGAAAGUUUGUCAUAUAAUUGACGAUAUUAUAUUAACUUGUCUUAUUAAUAACGUAUAUUAUUGAUGGAAAAUAAUUACUUGGUACAAGCGUGUAUUUUAUUAUCUCUUACAUAUUAUGUGUCUUUUUAUGAACAAUAUUAUUAUUAAAUAUAUAAAAUAAGUAAUUUUAACGUGGAUAAAUGUUACAAUGUCGGUAGGACUCUUCAUGUUUAACAAAGCGAAUCUUGUAGUAGUUAGCAGCAAAAUGCUGGCGGAUCAUCGAUAUGUAAGUUUAAAUAAUUAUAUAUUAAAUAAUUUUAUUAUAUGUCAUUGUGCAGCGAUAAAAAUGAUUUCAUAUGCCAUUCCUAAUAAUAUUGUUUGUAAAAAAUUUCAAGGUUAAAUUAAGUUCCUAUCUAUUGAAAUGAAAUUGUUUGUGUUGCCAAAAGUUGCAAAUUAUAAAACAUCAAUGGAAUUUAAUCUACUCGAACAAAAUCGAACAAGACGUAUAAUGACUACUAUAUUUCUUUUUGUUAAAAGCAAAUGUAUUGUACAUAACAAAACUUACAUAUUUUUUCAAAUUAUUGUACAGUACAUACCUAAUUUUAACUAAAUCGUUUUACGAAUCGUCUUCCGGCAAAAUCUAUCAUUUUGGAGCAAUAUUUCGUUGAGGUUUGAGUAGACUACUACUCUGUUUCAUUGGUAUUUCAUAAAUUAUUUUAAGUUACGCACAAAAGAGAAAUUAUUUUCAAAUUAAAUAUGGAUGUCGUUUAUUACCUUGCUACUGUGAUUUGUUUUAAUUUAAGAAUUUUGUAAAUCAUAGUUUGAAAUUAGUUUUGACGACCGUACUACGGAGGGUUAAGAGUUAAAAUAAGUAAUUUUCAGCGAUAUAUUGAUGUAUUGUUAUGAAGUGACAUAGAAUAAUCACAAUGUAUUUCGAAUAAAUUCAAUGAUGUCGUUCUAUGUGUUUAUCGUCACCCUUCCUAUGCAAUGGAAAUAAUAUCGUAAUGAGAGUAGAAAAGUAAUCUUUUAUGUUAUUUAAUAUUAAAUUUUUGUACGUUAUUGAAUUAUGAUUUUUUAU